CCGAUACUUAGUAAUUGGAACCGCGGAAUUACUGCGCCAUUUGCAUGUGUCAUAAACUUGGGGUCCCCAAACCGAUGUUUCUCCACCUGUUCACCUUAUCUCCCAUCCGUAACCGGCGCAAAUAUUUAUCAUCACCACGCAGUACAAGUCUCAUCCCUCGUCCCUUUUUACCAAAUUAGCGGCGCCGGCAGCACUUAUACGCCAAAAAUGGGUUCCACAGACACCACCUCCCCUUCCACCGGGCUUACCGGGGAGGAGGGCAACUUUGACGUCUUCAAGAACGACAUCCUCAUGCUUCACGUGCCCCUUCCCCCGGACCAAGCCUGGAUCGACAAACUAGAAAACAAAUACCCCGGCUUCAAAGUCCGGUGGGUACAUCGCUCAUGGCAAGACUACGGGCGGGAUGACGAGACCACUGCCGCCGAGGAGUAUGAGGGCGUCACCAUGUUGUGCUCGUUCUACCCUCACAAGGCCGAGCUGUUACCCAAGUUGAAAUGGGUGCAGCUUACGAGCGCGGGGGCGGAUCCGUGGUUGCAGCAUCCGUUGUAUUUGAACAAGGAGGUGGUGUUUUGUACUGCUAAUGGGUGUCAUCCCCCCCAAAUAGCCGAAUGGGUAAUCGGCACCUACCUAAUGCUCUCGCACCACUUCCUCUCCUACCACGACGCCGCCGUCCAGCACGGGCAAUCCCAAGUCCUGCGGCACCUAACCACCGUCGACUCGCCCGGCAUGCGCAUGGGCAUCCUCGGUUACGGCGCCAUCGGCCGGCAGGUCGCUCGCGUCGCGCAGGCUAUGGGCAUGGAAAUCUACGCUUACACGCGCCGGCCCAAACCGACUCCCGAGUCCCGCAAGGACGACUCUUACCACGUUCCCGGCACCGGCGAUCCGGACGGCGUGAUCCCUACCAAGUGGUUCUCUGGUUCUUCGCGGGAGGACAUCGAUCACUUCCUUGCGCAGGACUUGGACGUACUGGUCGUUUCGCUGCCGCUUACCGAGUCUACCAAACAAAUAAUCGGUCGCAAGCAGUUCGACAUUCUCAGCAAGAAAAAGACUUUUCUUUCCAACAUUGCUAGGGGCCAGCACGUCGACACGGACGCCUUGGUGGAAGCGCUGAAGGAGGGCAAGAUCAGGGGCGCGGCGCUGGAUGUUACGGACCCGGAGCCGUUGCCCGAGGGACAUGAACUCCUAAAAAUGCCGGGCAAGUGCUUUGUUACGCCGCAUGUUAGUUGGCAGACGCCGUUUUAUUUUGAGCGGGUUAAGGCUAUAUUGGAGCAGAAUUUGGAGAGAAUGAGGAAAGGGGAGAGGUUGGUGAAUUUGAUGGAUCGGGAGAGUGGGUAUUAG